GUUGUCGAACUUUUGUAUUGUGAAAUUGUGAUUGUAAUAAAUUGAAGACAUAGAUAAUAAUUUCUGCGCAUUUAUGGAAACGAUUAACGUUUUACAGUGAAUUAGUGUAUAUUAUACACAAUAAUUGAUCCGUAAUUCAAACGACUCUGAGACAUUUUUAAUGCAAAAACAAACUUGCACAAGAGCACUCGAAAAUACCAAUUUAUAAACCAUGAAGCCUGCUUUUGGUGGACAUUUAAACGAAAUAAGGUUUAUAUGCAUUGAUAAUUUCAAAGAUUGGGGCUACAUAUAUGCAUAUUUCUUAACACAUUUUCACGGCGACCAUAUCUGUGGCAUUGACGAUUUAAGUUUGCUAAGACUCUUAAAAAGAAAGAACAUAUAUAUCUACACUUCUGAGGUGACUGUUGCAAUUAUAACAGCGAGGUACCCGCACUUGACGCCGCAUUUGAGAAGUUUGAGACUUGGUCGCAAUGCAUUAUCAAUACCAACCAGGGAUAAAGAAGAAUUUCUAGAAGUUACAGUAUUGCCAGCGGGACACUCGUUAGGUUCUGUAAUGUACCUAUUUGAAUAUGAAAACCAAAAGAUUUUGUUCACUGGCGACUUCAGAAUAUCGAAGAACGAUGUUGCCAAGUAUAAACAUUUGCAAAAUAAUGGGGAACCGAUACAAAUUGAUGCUCUAUAUGUUGAUACUACUUUCCAAGACAAGCCCUACAUCCCGAAGCGAUCAGAAGUGGUUAGUAACUUGAUACCGCAUAUCAGCAAGUGGUUGGCGGAAAACGAAAAGAACAAGGUUGUUCUAAGUGUAUCGGCCAUGUUUGGCUACGAAGGAGCUUGCAAUCAAAUAUAUGACGAAAUUAAAAUCAAAGCUAAUGUUAAUGAAGACGAUUGGGCGAUUUAUAGACAAUUUCCAAAACAAAUAUAUGGCGUCACAAAUGAAGAAUCAAGGAUCGCACUCAGGAAAAAGAAUAAAGAACGAAUUCCGGAACACACACUAGAUGUAGUGUUCUCUGCAUUAAGCUGGACGUCACCAAAUUUAGACGAAAAGUUUUUAGUAAAAGAAGGAUUGCAGCGAAUAAAAGUAUGCUAUUCGACGCACUGCGGUCGUGACGAACUUAUCCAUUUUAUUAACUAUUUAAAACCAAGAAGAAUCAAGGGAUUCCCAGAAGAUUUAAAAGAAAACAGUUGUAAAUUGUCACGUCGUUCUAUAUUUACGGACAAGGAUAGUGACGCGAACGAAAAUUUCGAAAUAUCACCGAAAAAACGAAAAAUCGUUAGGGAUAAUAAUGGCAAAGAAAAUUGUAAGAAAAGUGAGGUUGUUAAACGAAGAUUGGGUGACGUACUGGAUUGGGGAUAAGUGACCAUAACAUAACAUAACAUCACGCCUUGUAUCUCCGAAGGGGUAGGCAGAGGUGCACACAGAAGUAACACCCACUUUUCACUAUUUAUGUUAAGUGUCCCAUGUAAUAGGGGGUGAGCCUAUUGCCAUAUACCGGGCACGAUUUCAUUAAUUCAGUACUUAGUAUUGACUCAAAUCAUUUUUUGACUGAUGAAAUGUGUAUAAUGUUAGAAAAUUAAUUGAAAUUUCGACUGUGAUUGUAUUUAUAAAAAAGAAUAUAUUUAUGUAUCUUAUGUAGGUAUCUUGUACAAUCUAAUGCAGUUUGUCGAAAAUUGUCCGUUUUAACUAAAAAUCGUGAGUCGCUCACGUGAAUAUACUGAGAAAAGCUCUACUAGUUUCGAACCACAGAGGGGUUCUUCCUCAUGAGCAGCGUGCGCGGUCGUGGCGAUGUCGCGCAGCCUACUUAAAAUUUUCACGUGAGUAACCCGCAAUUUUUAGUUGAUUUAGUAUGUCUCACGAUAGUUAUUAUAAAAACAUUGUCCUAAUUGGUCCAAUUACCCCCUCUUCAAUCUGCCCAAUCCCCAAAUCCCCAACAAUCCUCAAAUUCCUAAUCGCCAAAAGGCCGGUUACGCACUUGUAACACAUCGACUGCGGACGUGCCGAAGCGCAAAAGCAGGCGGCAUACUUGGCAUGGGCGGAUGCCAGGCGCCGUAGGGCUGAUGACAUUCAUCAAAAGAAGAGAG